CAUGGUCGUCGACCCAUUCUCCGCUCUCAGCCUUGCCGGCAACGUCGUGCAGUUUCUAGAUUUCAGUCAGAAGCUGUUAUCUAAAGGCAGAGAGAUAUACAAAUCCGCAGAGGGUGCGCCAACAACGCAUGUCGAGCUGGAGGUUAUAUACAAUGACCUGUGGGACGUAUCGAACAAACUAGCGGCUCGCGCACCACCGUCUCCCUCAAGCUCAACCGAUACUUUGAUCAGCUUUCAACCGAGCAUCGUCGAUGAUCAGAUCUGGCAGUUGGCUACUUCGUGUCAAAGUGUCGCGCAGGAGCUUCUUUCUAUUGUGCGACAAAUGAAAGUUGAUCCUGACAGCAAACAUCGUAAAUGGAAAAGCUUCCGCCAGGCCAUGAAAGGCUUGGGCAAAAGUUCACGUAUCGAGGAGCUUCAACAACGGUUGAAGGCCUUCCGCGAAGAGCUGACGGUAAAGCUUGUUGCUGUUCUAGGGCAAGUGGUAUCAUUAAUCUUAUGAGCUCGCGCUAAUCUUUAGGUAGCGACCAGCAAAGCUU